CGACGUGGUAACUGCGUGUACCUGUGUCGGGAGACGAUGGCAACACCACACCUGGCGAGGCGAGGCGACGCCGGGGUGUUGUGGGCAGCGGCAAGCAUACCACAGCACGCGGCCGAACGGGCAGCACGCGUGGUGACAGUGGUAAAGGCUCAGCAGAAGCAGCAGCAGCAGUAGGCGAUGAAGGGGCUACUGUUCCUGGCGGUGUUGGUGGUGACGGCAGUGCUGGUGGCCGGCCAGUUUGUUUUCCCAGGUGCGUCGACUGGAGACCAGGGUGCGUGUGACUGUCAACCGGCCACUGUUUGUGCCAUUGAUUUCGAUGUGAUCCGGAAUGGCUGCCAGCUUGGCGACGGCAGCCAGGGCGUCUGCUGCCCCUCAGAAAGCGCUGCCCCAAGCAGUGCGGAUGCCCCCGCCAUAGGGGGCAGCAUGCUCAACGUGAACACCAGGAAUGCCUUUGCCGAGUCGCGACCCGCGGUGGCAGAAAGCCAGCUGGAGGUGGCGGUGAGAGCCGGUGUGGCUGCAGUGGACAGCUUGGCCGCCUUAGAGCAGACACUUGUUCAGAGCAACAACUUCCUGCAAAGAGGCACCCCGGCAUCCAAUCACGUGCAUCAGUCCAGGAUCAGACAGAGUGCCCGUGACAUGGACAAGCGUGCCUGGACCAUCGUGAUGGCCUCCUCCAGCGUGAUGCAGAGCGAGGGCUUGACUAGAUCACAGGGCGGCUUGGGACUGCGAAACGUGCGCGUGUCUGAAACCUCCCUUAGGGACCAGUGUCCACCUAAAGUGACGUGCGGAGACCCCAGUAGGAGAUACCGCACCGCCGACGGCUCUUGCAAUAACUUACAGAACCCAGAAUUCGGCAAGAGCAACACACCCGCUCAGAGGAUUCUCCCUCCCACCUACAACGACGGACUGUCUGCCUUCCGCAUAAAUGGCGUGGACGGGUCUCCUCUGCCCAAUGUAAGAAAAAUCAGCAGCUCAAUAAUGGUUGACAUCAAUGAGCCGGACCCAGCCUUCACGCUGUCCGUGAUGCAGUGGGCGCAGUUCAUGGACCACGACUUUGCACACAUCCCGUUCCCUUCCCUUGAAAAUGGCCAGGGUAUUGACUGCUGCCCCAAGGACCCGAACGCGCAGCUUCACCCUCGCUGCCAGCCCAUCGACAUCUCCGGAGACCCAUUCUUUUCCAAAUUCCAAACUAAAUGCAUGAACUUCGUGAGGAGUAUGCUUGCCGUGGGUCCUGGAGAGGCCUGCACCUUCGGGUUUGCUGAGCAGCUGAACCAGCUGACCCACUGGAUUGACGGUUCCAAUGUAUACGGCUCGGACGACGAGGAACAGCGUGCGGUGAGAAGCUUCCAAGGCGGUCUGCUGAGGACUUCCCGUGGCAACCUGCUGCCCAUCAACCCCAGCCAGGGAGGAGAGUGUGAGGCGGAGCUGCGAGGCGCUGAAUGCUUCCUUGCUGGCGAGUCCCGCGUGAACGAGCAACCAGGCCUCACCACCAUCCACAUCAUCUGGAUGCGGGAACACAACCGCGUCGCCUCGGAGCUGCAGCGACUCAACCCUCAGUGGUCUGACGAGGAGGUGUUCCAGGAGGCGCGCCGCAUUGUGAUCGGCGAGAUGCAGCACAUCACCUUCAACGAGUGGCUCCCCAUCAUCAUUGGUCCGAGAUUUGUGCGAGCGUUCCGAAUCGGGGUCCGGCGUGAUGGUUUCAGUAACGACUAUAACCCAACCAUCAAUCCCAACAUGAACAACGAAUUCUCCACCGCCGCUUUCCGCUUCGGCCACUCUCUGGUGCAAGGAACAAUCAAUCUGAUCGGGCAGGACGGGUCGUUCAGUUCGGUACUGCUCAGGAACAACUUCAAUUCGCCCCACCUCAUCCAAAACGAGGGCCGCUUGAAUGACUUGGUACGCACCCUGGUUCAGUUCCCCGCGCAGAGCUUCGACAACUUCGUUACCCAGGAUCUGUCCAACCAUCUCUUCCAGACUCCAGAAUUUAGCUUCGGCAUGGAUCUGAUGAGCCUCAACAUCCACCGGGGGCGUGACCACGCCAUCGCCACUUACAACUCCAUGAGGCAGGCGUGUGGGCUGCGUCGUGCUACUACUUUCGAAGACUUGAGGGACCAGAUCAUUCCUCCGCUCAUCAACAGGCUGAAAGCUCUGUACAAGAGUGUGGACGACAUCGACUUCUUCGCCGGCGGCAUGUCCGAAACGCCGCUGCAGGGUAGUUUGCUGGGCUGGACCUUCACCUGCGUCGUGGGUGACCAGUACGCACGCCUCAAGAAGGGAGACCGAUUCUUCUACGACCUAGGACAACAAACCGGCUCGUUCAGGCUGGAUCAAUUGAAUCAGAUUCGCCGAACGUCCUGGGCUCGAAUCCUGUGCGACAACUCGGAUCUGACAGCCAUCCAGCCUCUUGCCUUCCAACUGCCCACCCGUGAACUAAACCGCCCACGUUCCUGCAAGAGCUUCAGCAUUCCCAGAGUGGAUCUGAGAGCUUGGGGACCAAAGAAGUACUAGACCUCCAUGCAGCCCUCAAAGCGCUGCCUGAAGCGCCACUGAAUACCCUUAAAGAAACAUCAGUAAACCUCCCCUUUCUAACAGGCUGAAUGAAUGGAGCACUGGUGAAGAAUAACCUAAGUAUGACCUAAGAAUGACCUUACUGGUACUGAAGACUCCCCCCCAUUGGUAUUAUCCUGUCCUGUAGGUUCCUGUAGGUUCCUCAAGGUUCUCUCAGCGGGUGAAUAUAAAAAGGAUAAUACUCCACAUGACUCAUACCUCCAUAUUUUUAAAUGUUUACGUGGAAAACUUAUAGUACACCAUCUCUCUCUGCUGCUGCACCGCGCCUGAGUCUCGCCAUCUGUAGGAGUCACUACAUGAAAUAAGAGAUGUUUUUAAGUGUGUUUUUUUUUUUUUUUCAGUAGUGAAGGAAAUAAAACUGUUGAAACUGGUAA